AAUUUUUAUUGGCAAAACAGAAGGGUGAGUUUGAAACGUGUUAGUAAAUAAAAGGGCCAAUUCGGGAUGAAACAAAAAUAUUUGGGUCAAAUUGAAAAUUUCUAUUUUGUGAAAUUGCAAUUUUCAGUUCAGACUUCAGACCUGGACUACAGAAGUUGACUUCACCACUGUAAUCAAAGAUCUCCAAGGCAGCUUUUUGAGUUCCGGAGCAGUGGGCAUAGCUACGAUGAACCCUAGAAUGGCUCCGAGAAUGCAGAGCGUUGUCAGAUUCUUAAGUUUCCUUGCCUGUGCAAUUCCUUUCGUGGCGAUUUUGGGCCUCUCGUUCUCCCCGGAAAACCCCACGGAUCGCCGGAUUUUGGUUUUAGUUGACGAUUUGGCAAUUAAAUCUUCUCACUCUAUUUACUUCAAGUCACUUCAGAGCCGAGGAUAUCAACUUGACUUCCAACUCGCCGAUGACUCCAAGAUCGCUUUACAUAGAUAUGGCCAGUACUUAUAUGACGGAUUGAUUCUAUUCUCUCCUUCGAUUGAGCGAUUUGGAGGCUCCAUUAAUACAGCUGCAAUCGCGGAAUUUGUUGAUUCUGGUCAUGAUUUAAUUAUUGCGGCUGAUGAAUCUGCCUCUGAUUUGAUUCGAGAAGUUGCCGCUGAAUGUGGAGUUGAUUUUGACGAGGACCCUGGAGCUGUGGUCAUUGACCAUACUAGUUACGCAGUCUCAGGUACAGAUGGGGACCACUCUCUAAUUGCUGCUGGUGAUUUUAUCAAGUCUGCCGCAAUCUUGGGAAGCAAGACUGUUGAGGCCCCCAUACUUUUUCGCGGGAUCGGACACUCAGUGAAUCCUGCCAAUAACUUGGUUUUGAAGGUUCUUUCAGCAUCUCCAGCAGCAUAUUCAGCAAAUCCAAAAACCAAGUUAGCAAAUCCUCCAGCAAUUUAUGGAUCGUCAAUCUCUUUUGUUUCCAUUGUGCAGGCUAGAAAUAAUGCCCGAGUGCUGAUCUCUGGCUCAUUGAAAAUGUUCAGCGACCAAUUUUUCCUAUCUGGGGUACUGAAAGCUGGAAGUCCAAUCAAGCACAAGAAAUCUGGUAACGAGCAAUUCUUGACUGAAAUAAGCAAAUGGGUUUUCCAUGAGAGGGGCCACCUUAAGGCCGUGAAUGUGAGACAUCAUAAAGUUGGAGAGGUUGAUGAACCCUUAAUGUACAGGAUCAAUGAUGAUCUGGAAUACUCUGUUGAAAUCUUCGAGUGGUCUGGAGCCAGUUGGGAACCAUAUGUAGCAAAUGAUGUUCAAAUACAAUUUUACAUGAUGAGUCCUUAUGUUUUGAAAACUAUGUCUACUGAUCAGAAGGGCAAAUAUCAUGCUUCUUUCAAGGUUCCAGAUGUUUAUGGAGUUUUCCAGUUUAAGGUGGAGUACCAGAGACUUGGGUAUACAAGCUUGAGCCUAUCAAAGCAGAUCCCAGUUCGUCCAUUCAGACAUAAUGAGUAUGAGAGAUUUAUUACAGCAGCUUUCCCUUACUACGGGGCAUCGUUCUCAAUGAUGGCUGGAUUUCUUGUUUUCACCAUUGUUUACUUAUACAACAAGUAAGACCAUCCCAAGCAGAGUGAUCGAAGAUUCACCGAAUCGACAGCAUUCGAGUAUAGGUCUUAGGUCCUCCAUGUUUGUGCCAGAGGAGCUGCUUGCAGUUCAGUUUUGUAUUUAGUGAGGCUGCAUUGAACUAUAUGAUAUACAGAUUACUAGUCUCUAAAUUAAAUAUCUUAUGAUGAAGUAUAAAUACUUUCAGCUAGAGGCAAGAGCAAUCCUCGCGAACUUUUAGCGAAGAUUACUCUGUUCCUUAAUGAUAGUGUCACCAGAUUAUUGAGCUUAAUUUAAAUCCCAUAGUUUAAGUUUAUCUCACGACAAGGAGUUUCAACUUUCAAGUGUAGUCUUGUGGUAUCGGCAUUCUUUUG